AUGGGUAUUACGCGUGGAGUCGGCGAUUAUUUUGUGGCACUUAUGGAAGGCGCGAUGUGGGGGUGUAAUUGGCAGGCGGUGAUCCGACGCCUUUGUGAAGUCCGCUUCCCUGUCCAAGUGCGGUAUGUUCGGUGGGUUCGCCCAGCGGCAGAGGUGUUGAAGGUCAAUUUUGAUGGGUCCAUCAUUACCCACUCCCAAGCAGGAGGAAGAGGAGUACUGAGGGAUUCUAAGGGUUGGGUGAUUUUUGUUUAUUCAGAGCCGUACAGAAAUGUGACGUCAUUGCAAGCUGAGGCUAGGGCGUUGUGCAUGGGGCUUGAAUUGUGUAACCUAUUCCGCCAUGGCCAAGUCCUGGUAGAGGGUGACUCUAAGAUCCUGAUUGAUGCUCUACAGGGAUAUGGGGUUGUUCCGGUAUCGCUACUGGCAAUCCUCCGUCAUCUUCGGCAACUCUCGCCUGCUAUAUCGUCCUGUCAACAUAUCCAUCGGGAAGGAAAUUUUGUGGCAGACUCGUUGGCAUCGCUGGGUAGCCGUUCCGACAAAUUCUGUCUCUUUCUCUCAUUCACGUCCUUGCCUAGGUCAGUGAGGGGCCUAUGUCAGGUUGAUAGACUGGGGGUUGGGCAUUUUCGAUUUUCUAAGAGGUCCUUAGGGCCUAUCUGUAGGUCGGGUGCUGUUGCCUGA